AUGAUAUCAGAAGAACAAAUGAAGCACAUACUGGAGGCCCAGCAGGCCAGCUUCAUGGCAUUACUCACGGAAAUGCAACGAAAUUGGGGACCGGCAUCCAGAGAGAACAAGAGGAAACAGGUCGAACAACGGAUCAACGAGUUCGUUUACGAUCCAGAGGGAGGCGUAAAUUUCGAAGCCUGGUUUCGAAAGUACGAAGGACUGUUCGAAGAGAAGGGAGCAGAACUGGACGACAAGACGAAAGUGGAAAUCAUUCUGCUAAAACUGGCCCAGCGGGAACACGAGCGGUACGUAAAGUUCAUUCUGCCUCAGAAACCAUCAGAUGUCUCGUUUAAGGACACAGUCAAGCAUCUGAAAGCAUUGUUCUGUUUUACAAAGUCGUUAUUCAAUCGACGUUAUGAAUGUUUCAAGCUAGAACGUAAGCCUGAAGAAGACUAUUUUGACUUGGCCGGUCGAGUUAGUGAUACUUUUUAACAAGCCGAGCUAGAACAGGCCACCAGCACACAGAUUAAAGCACUAUUCUUCAUUAAGUCGUCGACGUUGCCAGAAGAUGCAGAUGUGCGCACGCGGUUACUCGCCCAGCUAGACCAGAAAGGCGAUAUGACAGUACAGGAACUGGCAGAGGAAUGUGUCCGAAUCACAAAUAUUAAGCAAGACACCCGGCUUAUUGGAAGCACAAAUAGUCAGCCAGUUUACGUUUUCGACACAAAGUCGAGACAACCACAACCAAAUAGAGUUUCUCCACGGAAGCCAAAGACGGCUUGUUGGCUGUGCGGCGGCUGGCACUACGUGAGUGAAUGCCCCUACCGUAGUAGGAAGUGCUACAAAUGUUCCCGUGUUGGCCAUAAAGCUUCACAUUGCAGAGCAGCGCACACUAGCCCAAGAAAGAAUUGCCAUGUCGUUUUAGAAGACGAUUCGCAUGUACUCAACUGUGAACACCGGAAAUACCUGACAGUGAAGAUUAACGAAAAGCCGAUCACAUUACAAGUAGACACGGCUUCUGAUCUGACCAUAAUAAGCAUGCGCACAUGGGAGGACAUCGGUUCUCCAGAACUGACACCAUCAGAGAUCCUAGCGUGGGCGUCGAACGAGACGCGUAUGGAAUUUGAAGGCGUUUUCCAGGCGACUGUCAGUUUUCGAAACAUGACUUGCCUCGCAGAUGUCUAUGUGUCGAAGACCCGUAACAAUCUUCUCGGAAAUAAGACGAUCUCCGAACUGGGAUUGUGGAACCGUCCCUUUGACGAAAUUUGCAGCGCGGUGCGCAACACUACUGAGGAGGUCCUGAAGAAUAAGUAUAUGGAACGCAUGGAGAACGCGGCCGGCCGGUGCACGAAAACGAAGAUAAGUUUGAAAGUGAAGCCGGAGAAACAGCCAGCUUUCAAGCAGAGCCGACGAGUCCCGUUUGCGGUACAGUCGUCCGUAGAAGCUGAACUAGAAAGACUACAGGAAAAGGGCAUAAUCUAUCCUACCAAUUAUUCAGCUUGGGCUGCUCCAGUCGUGGCGGUGAAGAAACCCAACGGACAAAUACGAUUAUGUGCGGAUUAUUCAACGGGCCUGAACGACGCACUAGAAGAUUAUCAUUACCCGCUGCCAACCUUAGAGCAGAUUUUUGCUACUCUAAAUGGAGGGAAAGUCUUUGCAAGGAUCGAUCUAUCCGAAGCUUACUUGCAAAUUGAGGUGGACGAGAAAUCACAGGAGCUUUUGACCAUAAAUACGCAUAAGGGUCUCUUCAGAUACACUCGCCUAAACUACGGCGUGAAAACGGCGCCUAGUGUGUUCCAGCAGAUUAUGGAUACGAUGCUUACGAAUGUUCCCGGGACUAUUGCAUAUCUGGACGAUAUUUUGGUUGUCGGUAGCUCAGAGGAAGAGCUGACUCAAAGGCUGGACCAGGUUGUGGACAAUCUGAUCGACUACGGCCUUAAGGUCAAUAUGGAGAAAAGUGAAUUUUUGCGGAAGGAGAUCCACUAUCUCGGGUUCAUAGUCAACGAGAAUGGGCGUGCCCCUGACCCAGAGAGGGUGAAGGCAUUCCAGAACAUGAAAGUGCCGAAGAACACGAAGGAGCUGCAAUCGUUUAUGGGGUUGGUCAGCUACUACGGUCCGUUCAUCACUGGGUUGCACAGUUUAAAACCUCCACUCAGCCGACUUCUGUGCAAGGACGUGGAGUUUGUUUGGUCUCCAGAAUGUCAAAACGCGUUUGAUGCCAUAAAGACAAAGAUAUGCGACUCAACUAUGCUAUCGCACUUCGAGGCUGACAAAGAAACCAUUGUCCAGGCAGACGCCUCUGAUUACGGUUUAGGCGGAGUGCUCCUUCAGAAGGACGCAGAUGGGAGAGUACAGCCAAUCAUGCAUGCCGCCAGGUCACUGACGAAGGCAGAACGGAAUUAUAGCCAGAUUGAAAAGGAGGCACUGGCCAUUAUCUUCGCCGUACAGAGAUUCCACCUGUUUAUUUAUGGCAGACCCUUCACACUGCGCACUGAUCAUCAACCACUGAAGUUCCUUUUGGGUACUAACCGUGGUGUUCCCCAGAACGUAGCUAGGAGAAUACAACGCUGGAGUACUAUUCUUCAAAACUAUGACUUUCAGAUCCAAUAUGUGCCCACUCAGAAGUUUGGAGCUCCGGACGCUUUAUGACGACUGAGUACAGGCAACGAGAAUCAAGAAGACGUGGUUGUCGCCAGUACGCUAAUGCAAGAUGAUGACGAGUUUAGAGGUGCCAUCCGACAGUUGCCGCUCACAGCCGAGCACAUCAGGGCCACCACUGCAGCAGACCCACUUUGGCGCCAGGUGAAAGAGUUUAUUCGGAACGGUUGGCCCAGCGACGACAAAGUACACCCAUCGAUAAAGCCUUUCAGGAACAGAAAGGAACAGUUGUAUAUCACGGAAGACUGCAUAAUGUACGAUGGUAAAGUGGUGAUUCCAACCAGAUAUCAGCAACAAGUUUUGCGGGAGCUCCAUGCCGGACAUCAGGGUAUGACCCGCAUGAAACAACUGGCCCGCAAGUACGUAUAUUGGCCGGGAAUUGAUAACGACGAGGAAUCUUUCGUUCGAAGCUGCGGCCCGUGUGGACGUGAGGCUAAGAACCCACCGAAAGUACCGCCCGUGCCAUGGCCAGAGGUAACGAGACCUUGGAGUAGAGUCCAUAUGGACUUUGCGGGUCCGUUUUUCAACCGAAUGUUUCUAAUAGUUGUCGAUGCAUGGUCCAAGUGGCUAGAAGUUUUCGACGUCUCGGCAGCUACUGCUGAUAUCACGGCAAGGAAGACGGAAGAACUAAUAGCGAGAUACGGCAUCCCCACGGAGAUUGUGACGGAUAACGGCACUCAGUUCACGUCAUCAAUUUUCCAACAACUGUGCCAGAAAUGGGGAAUUCGACAUGUGACGUCACCACCAUUCCAUCCACAAUCAAAUGGCCAGGCAGAACGGUUCGUCGACACGUUCAAGAGAGCGAUGAAAAAGAUGUGGAACACUGGUGUUAAACUGGAGUAUCUCAACACAUUGCUCUUUGCCUAUCGAACAACUCCAAAAAGUGAUCUUGGGGGCCAGACACCAGCAGAACGGUUUUUGGGACGACAGCCGGAUACGCGAUUACAGUACCUACAACCGGAAGCUCGAGUUCCACAAACAACAAAAUAGUACUUUCGCGAGGGAGAGGAGGUGUUUGCUCGCAACUACAAAGCCGGAGAGAAGCCCUGGAUAGAAGGCAUAAUAAGAAAAUCCAGAGGUGUUGUGUUCGAGGUGGAGACAGCAGCUGGAAAAAUAAAGAGGCAUGCAAAUCAGCUCAGGACUAGACACACCAGAGACAGUCAAAUGGCACUGGACUUGCUGUGUGAUACCUUUGAGGUUCCAACCCCCACGGUAGACAGUCAGAAAACAUUACCCGUCGUUCGUAGAAGUAGCAGAAGAACGCAACCGCCAAGGAAACUGGUCUUGGACCCGAAGAAGAAGAGGUACGAGGUCCAACUUUCAAAAGCGGGAGGUGUUAUGGAGAGUGAAAGCGGCGUAGAGACACGGCCUAGGGCGCCAAACAAAGGACCAAGUGGGCGACGUGAGUCACGCGCGAAGUUAGACAACCGACCGGCGCGCACUGCAGCGCCGAGCACGCGUGGUGGCUUUGCUCACGUGUGCGGCCCAAUCAAUGGAUGGCCGAACAUUCCAGACGUUUCCGCGGCGGGGCUAUCGCGCACGCGGUGGCCAAUCAGCGACCAGCACGCUCGGGACAGGAACAUUCUAGAACGCCCUCUACGACUGUCACGUCAUUGGACGGAAUGUUCCAGAACGCACGGGAGCCAAUAAAUAGCACACUUUCUUACGAGUUGUAACUCCCUCCUGUCCGCAAGUCCCAAUAAAGUGCUUGUCCUCCGAACCGGCUCUCUUCCUGUCCUACCUUCCUACCGGGUCAUAACACUUGUCAUCGGAGAUUUCCACACCCUCAGCCGUUCGCAGCAGUGGGACAGGAUAUUUGUUCCGUGUGCUCUGUCUUAUGUAGCUGUAAAAGAUUUUUGGAUUAAUCAUGGCACGGUUCAAAAGAUUCUUUUCUAAAGCUUUCCUAUCUCUGGCGAUGAGAAUUUUGACCCGAUUUCCCUGUAACUUAUAACUGCUCAGGGAUUCUGGAGUGCGAUCCGUCAGCGAUCUUUUCCAUAGCUUCCUCUUCUUGUUACCUUCCUUCUUUAAGGACGGAGUCAACCAGCGAGGCCUAUUUGUUAGUCUUCUGCACAUGAUUGGCAGUGGUUGGAGAUGAGGUUGUGGACUAACUCUUUGAACUGACACCAAGCCUCUUCGACAUCGCCGGAGAGAGUGGAUGCCCAGUCGAUAGGAAUAAGAUCCUUUUUCAUCUGUUCGAAAUAGCCGCGCCAAAUAUUAGGUCGGGAAUCGAGCGGUUGUGCAGGAAGGGAGAAUAACGUGUAUUCCCACAUGGGAACUACAUGGUCACUCUGACCCAACGGGGGGAGGCAAUUCACAACGUCGAUGUUGUCAGACGACUUGGUGAACACAAGAUCGAGGCAGUUCAUCUGUUGGCCCUCUCGAACUCUAGUUGGAAACAUUACGUGUUGUGUGAGAAGCAGGUUGUCGGAGGUACGCAGUAGCUGCUGGUCAAAUGCUGCUUCAGAGCAGUCGGCUGAGGCCGAGCUCCAGUCGAUGUGAGGUGCAUUAAAAUCUCCAACGAUGAGAGUGGUCGGCUGCGUUGAAAAUAGCCUAAGCUCCUCCAGCAUUUGGGCAUCAGCGUCAGGGUCAUUUGUCGGGGGGCGAUAUACUGUCAAGAUAUCGAGACUUUGAGAGCCCGGUGCCCUUAUGGUCAGCCAUAAUGCUUCGGUACUACAAGUCAGUUGGGCGGUUUUUUCUGAAACGUGCAAGCCGUUCUUAGCAAAUGUUAUUAUGCCUCCACCCCUUCUGUUUUCUCUGUCUCGGCGGAACAGUUGAAAUCCAGGGAGCAUAAGCUCUCUAUCAUCAACCUGUUCGGACAACCAUGUUUCUGUUAUUGAGAUAACAUCUGGAUGGAGGUCGUAGGUAUGGAUACGGAGUUCGUCCAGUUUAGAAAGUACACUUUGCGCGUUGGUAUACAUGAAUAUGAGUUUCGAGUUCAUGAGAGAUUUGUUUUCAAACCCGACACGGGCUACUGGGGUAGCUGUGCAGUCAUUCGGAUCGGCUUGGUCCAGAGGGGAGCGGAAUGUCGUUUGACUAUCCGGUCGUUGUAGAUUGUCAAGUCUUUUUCUCCGUUGGUUUGUCGUGUUCUCAAUUCUAGGACAAGUUCGCGGCGUUUCAUUCUCUCUGCAGGUGAGUAGUCCGGCUGAAAAAACACUCCUUUAUGGGAAUGUUUCAGUCGAAAACAUCUGAAAAGGAUUAGUUUCGCCUGUUCAUUGCUACCUAGAACAAUUUUCAGGGGUCUUGGUCGUGUCUGUGGAGCGGCGGUUAAACGGCUAUCAAGACGAAACGCCUUUAGGACUGUGACAUUUUCUGUUGGUUGCAGCAUUUCAUUGAGGAGUUUCUGGAAUUGCUCUAAGUCAGCAGCGAUUCGUUCCCUGGGGGAACUGGCGGAGGACUCUGCGAAGCCCUGAAUUAUGACACAGUGGUUUUUGUUAAGCAUUCCUCUGUUUUCUGCGAGGUUUUUUAAUACCGUUAAAUGGCCGUUCAUGAAACGUCAUGUAUCUGCAUUUACGAAUGUGGCUUGUACAUUUAAGAAUAUGGCUCAAAUCCACUGCUUAAUUUUAUGAACCUCACAUAGUCUCCUCUUAACACCGUAGAGAAAUGCAUGGUUUUCCGUACACGGAAAAUAUACAGCUUGCAGUUUUGAAAUCCCAAAUACAAAUGUAACAGCAGGUCGGGUUCAAAAUUAUACGUGAAUUAUAACGGUUUUUUAAAACCGAAUUAUACUCUUCUUUUGAGUAUUAAAUUGAAAAAAGACGUGAUUUUCUACGGAAUAUGUAAAAUAAUAAAUAUUCUUAUGCAUGUUUUCCAUGAAAUAUAAUCGAAUUUUCAAGGGCAUGGAAAUUCAAUGAGAAAAUUGCAUGCUACUUGAGUCGUAAUUUUUUGCAGAGUAUAAUACAUUUAUGCAGCCGAAAAUAAGUUGAUUCGAUAGCCGACACCCUGAGGUAACUGGAUUAUUACAGACUUAUGUGGCAUCUUUAUUAGUUUUACAACACAACUUAAUUUAUCUUUUCGAAACGAGAACGCAUUUCGAAAUGUAUGUUGACAUUUCAGGAGUUAGCACAUCUACUGUAGAUGCGCCAACGAAAUAUUCGGAAUAUACAAUUACAAAAUUAAUGUGUUAUUAUGGUACAAUAUAGGACACUUAUGUGCUUCUUUCAAAAACCAUGAAAACAUUAGUUCUGGUAGCCUAACGCCCGUUUUCUUUCAACAAUAGAUUUCUCCCACCAGUAGUUCUGCUUCGAUUGCUUAUUUUACGCUUUUGUGUUUUGAAUAGAACAGCAGUCAACGAUCAUUGUGGAGACGGAAACAACGACAUUAUUGAAUUACGGUAGUAACAUUCACAAGUGUACUUAUGUAUGCCAAAAUGCAGUUACAUAUUGAAGUGUUAGUUUUAUGAUCAGAUUGCCAUUGCAUGGCAUAGAACACACCUCGUGUUACAUUUAACUGUGCAAGUUCUCUCUACAUCCUCUUGUUUGUUUGACUUUUAUCCACGGCAAUUUUGGCCCCAAACCUGUCCACAAACAGUAAUUACACCGACAAUAUUGGCUAUAUUAUGUUAGUAAACAUUCAAUCCAGGAUUAGACCACGGCGACAUCCUUAAUUUUAAGUUUUCAGAUCUUACUGAAGAUUGAAAAGUCACACUACGUAAUACAAAUCUUCUGUUCCAUAAUGGAGCUCUGAUCUAUAAUUUUCGGACAGAGACUAGUUAUGCGAAACACUGGGCCACUAUAAAUGGCAAUAAACUCGAAAUAAUAUAUUUAUAUCUGUCUUGUCAUGCUGAAAUUCGACUGCUUUUAAAUGCAUGAGAAAAUGCGAAGUCGGUGGCAGUAUGCCCCUUCAUCGGACUAAUGAGACCUCAUGUAUUCGAGAAUUAAAUGACCUCCAAAAUAUGCAAGCACCGUAAAACCUGAGCAACCGGUAUUAGCAUUUAAGGUAACUCUCAACCACAUGGUAAAAUAUCUAUCGAAAUUGAUCCUAGAACUUAGUUAUUUUGACAUUUUCACUCUUACAAAUGCAGCUAAGCUUUGAUUCUGACAAAAGUUGUCACUGUAUGCAAGCACAAUAUCCUGGAAGAGUUCAUCCUAAAGCUGGCAUAGAGCACAUAAAACGUCAGCCGAAAAAUAUAUGCCGCCUAACUGGAAGUGAUCACACGGUUUAUUAGCAUGCAAUUUGCAUUUGAUUGAUGCUAUUGGCCGAAAAUACACUGAAUUCAUUGCCCGCCUAACGCUGUUUAUACAAUCCAAAUAUAUCUCCUUAACGCACAAAGCCUUAUUAGAUUUUGGGUCAGCUACAUGACAAUUCUAACGUCGUUUCUGAUGAUGUCUCCUAUGUGCAACAGGGAAGGGUGGCAGCAUGGAAAGUGAAUUCGUUUAUUUGUGAUAGUGGACAUGCGUUGCAUCGAACGCACUCUACACUUAUCCCCUAUCUGCUCCCGAGUGACAAGACAGAGUCAAGGAAACCGGAGACUUCAGAGGGCACAUUUGACUGACAGGACACAAACGCGCACCUUGGCGUACAACUAAACACCCUGACCCACCACAUACAAUGAGUAGGAUUUUUAUACAAGAGGAAGGUAGCGCAUUUACUGCAUGGCCCGUUUUGGGGAGGCAAGAUUGCAGUACAUCCUGAGGAACACUCAGGAGAUUAGACUUAAAUACAUAGUGACUUCCGAAGAAUGUUCAUAAUUAAAUUGGCCUCUUGUGAAGCUUAACCCAACUGCAAUAAUAAGGCCUAACGAGUCAAAGUGAUACAGGUAGAAAAUCGAUAGGUCUUCGGGUUUGUCCGUUCAACCUUUUAUGGACAUAACGCGGAUAUUGAUAAAUAACGUACAGUAAAUCAAGCACCGCACGAUGUGGUGGUAGUAUUUUUGAGAAAUAAUACUUAUGAAGCAACAUUUGCAUCCGUUUUCUAUCGUAACGUUGCUGGCUGUGUUGCCCAUACUAUCUGACAUGUUGUCGGCAGUGGUGCAUAGUAUAAUCUGUCAUAGACCAGCUAGACCUCUCCGCCUUCUGAACGAAUCUGGGCAGGUAAAUGGAUGAAUCAGUCUGUGAACUGCUCUGUUGGAUUUCAGUUGAUGUGACUAAUAUAUAUUCAGGUAGUGAGUAAGAGGUCACUUAAACUAAUCUUAUUAGUUUGACACCGAAUUAUGUGUUGGCUAGAGCGCACCAGAAUUGCCCAUCACAAUUCUUCUUCACCGCAUUAAAAAUACUGGAUUUGAGAAUGGCUCAUUAUUGCGUACAAGAAACGUCUACCGCGUUUUGCAUAGAACUAUCGAGAAUUGAGAUUAGAAGAUCAAUUAACUUAACAUUCUUAAAAACAUCCCUAAGAAAUAGCCGUCUUACAUGCUGUUAUAAAUAGUUUCGUUGGCAUAUCCUUACAAAUGUUAGGAUUCGCGCUAUUUAACACACGGUUUUAUGACUUUUAUUACAGAUGAUCCGUGCUCUUGUCCAAACACACGUAAGAUGAUAUGAUGAUGACGUUCUUGUGUUUGUUUUGCAAAAUAAUAUGCGAAUUAAAUUUUAUUUUUUAGCUGAAGCAUCGGAAGUUUCAGCCUGCAAAUCAACGGGUAAGUCUUACUUAACUUGAAACAGAAUUUCAAACUAAUAAUCAAUUAACAUCACACAUUUUUCUUAAAAAAUAAGCAACAUUCGACUGCUCAGAUUCAUGCCAAAAAUAA